GGGUCUGCUCUUCUUUCUUUCUUCCCGCUGCAACCGAACAAAAAAAAAAGGGAAACCCAGCCGGCCUUUGAGAAACCGGUGAGAGAGCUUGAUUUUAUCCUUCUUUUCUUGCCCAAGAACCUGAUUUGGAACCCAGAAAUCUCUUCCCCCUGCAGGAGCUUCCGGAUCUGCCUUGCUCUGCUUCUUCACCGCCGGCUGCUCUUGCUUUGUGGGGGUGAUUUGCUCCGGUUUUGGCCGUGAGUUUCCUUCCUUCCAUGCCGCCGGCCUUCCCCAAACUGCAGCUCCGGUUUUAGCUGGAGAAUUAUGGUUCCCGAUCGUUCUGUCAGUUAGUACAUGAAUUGAGUGCUCGGUUUUAUGCAAGUGAGGUAAGUAAUUUAUGGUAAUGCCCGUACUGUUUUAAAAGCAUGUUUUGAUUUGUUUUUGAAGUGGUGGCGGGACUAAACCCGUUUUACGUAAGUAUGACUGAUUUGAAGUGAAAUGUUUUAUGCUUUUUACUAAAUUGAGCAUGCCUACUUGAAAUUUAAGUGAUUGUCCUGAUGAUUUGAAAGUGAUUGUGAAUUGUGAUUUUCCUGUUAACUUCUGCCUAUUUUGUCUCCGAUGUGGUCAUGUUUCUGUAAUCCUGCUAGUGGGAGUUAAACGCUAGCACAUGUCGACAUGUAGUGAUAGAGCCAGUUCGUUCAACCCAGCUAGUGGGGGUUAUACACCAGCAAAUCGUGGCCCUACUAGUGGGGAUUAUACACUAGUAUUCCUGUUUGCCUGCCAGUGGGAACUGGCCGUGACCUAUAGAGGAGACGUCUAUUUCGUGCCCGUACUGUAUCUGUUUUCGUGAUUGCACUUGUUGGCAUGCUAUAAGUCUCCAUAUUUACUUACUGAGUUUAUCUCAUAGUUUUUCCUUGUCCACCAUUUCAGGAAGUGAAACCGAGGACGGGGAAAUCACGGGAAGUGACGAGUUAAAAGGCUAGCCAUUUCGAGAUUUGUUAUAGAUUCUAGAGAUAAAUCAUGAUCUUGUAAACUAGAGUGCAUUUGGAGAUUUUAUGAUAUCAGAGAGAAUUUUAUAAAGAUUUGAUCUUCAGUUUUUGGUGGUAUCAGAGUGUGAUAUGAUAAAUUCCGAGCCUUGUGCAUUUGUGGGACCCGUCUCACGAGUGUACGGCGUCUGUCGCGUCUCGAAAUUGGGUUUUGGGGCGUGACAAGAAGCGUGCUAUGUCCUCCUGGCCAGCGGUAAUUGCAACAUGAAGGGCAGAUUUUAAUACUCCCUGAUCAGAUCUUGAAUCCGGGAUUAAGCAGAAGAAGUCCUUUACUCCCCUUUUACUCCCUUUACAAAUGGAAUCAUGCAAAAACCUUGGCAGCUCUGUCAAUAAUGAUUGUAAAGGUCGGUAUUCUCAGCCUCCACAGUUGGGCAAAGCACGAAUUUGGAAAUGU